AUGGGUACCAAAGUGUUCCUCAAUCUUUACGACUUGAGUCCCAUGAAUGACUACUUGGUGCCAGUUGGAUUUGGAUUGCAUCAUAGUGGAAUUGAAAUUAGUGGCGUAGAGUACUCCUUUGGCAGUGGCGGUGGAGUCUUUGAAGGUCCUCCCAAACAAGCGCCGGGUGCACGGUUUCGAUACCAGCUGGAAAUGGGAACCUUUGAAGGAGGUUCGCACGAAUUGAACAAGGCGUUGGACGAUUUACGACAUGGUGGUUUUGGGAAUUCACAGUACAAUUUGGUUAAGAGAAACUGUAAUCAUUUUUGUGAUGCAUUGGUCUGGAAAUUGCUCAAGAUCCGACUUCCAGGCUAUGUCAACCGAUGGGCAGAUCUUGGAAACUGCUGUUCCUGUUUGUUACCAAAACAGUUUUUGGAGGACUCACCGGUUGGCGGAAGUGGUAAUCGAAACGAUGGAGCCUCGUCUUUCCUAGUGCCAACCACUGCUUCGAUGAAACGAGGCGGAGCCAAGGUGGCAACAACGACACAGGCAUUUUCAGGGACGGGGCACAGUCUUUCCGGUGAUGGAAGCAGUAGUUCUGCAAGUGGCUGGACAAAAUCGAAUAGCGCUACCAAGGACGACUUGAUUGACAGGCGAGAAAAAGCAAGAAAGGCUGCACUGGCGAGACUAGAAAGGGGCCAACAGCAACAACAGGAACAAACAUAA